AUGGAGUUUCCGGACCUCGGGGCUCACUGUUCCGAGCCGAGCUGUCAGCGCCUAGAUUUUUUGCCGCUCAAGUGCGAUGCCUGCUCGGGCGUCUUUUGCGCAGACCAUGUGUCCUACGCCCAGCAUCACUGUGAAUCUGCUUACCAAAAGGAUAUCCAGGUACCUGUGUGCCCCCUCUGUAAUGUGCCUGUGCCUGUGGCUAGAGGGGAGCCCCCUGACCGCGCUGUAGGAGAGCACAUUGACAGAGACUGUCGCUCAGAUCCAGCACAACAAAAACGUAAGAUCUUCACCAAUAAGUGUGAGCGCUCUGGCUGCCGGCAGCGGGAAAUGAUGAAACUAACCUGCCAGCGCUGUGGCCGAAACUUUUGCAUCAAGCACCGUCACCCGCUGGACCAUGAUUGCUCUGGGGAGGGGGACCCAACCAGCCGGGCAGGAGUUGCUGCCAUCUCCAGAGCACAAGGCCUGGCUUCUACAAGCACCAUCCCUAGCCCAAGUCGGACCUUGCCUUCCUGUACCUCUCCCAGCAGAGCCACAACCCAGUCUCCAUCCCGGACAGCCCCUUCAGUGAUUGCCUUGCAGAAUGGCCUGAGUGAGGAUGAAGCUCUGCAACGAGCCCUGGAAAUGUCCCUGGCAGAGACCAAACCACAGGUUCCAAGUUCUCAGGAGGAGGAAGACCUGGCUUUAGCACAAGCGCUAUCAGCCAGUGAGGCAGAAUACCAACAGCAGCAGGCCCAGAGCCGUAGCCUGAAGCCAUCCAACUGCAGCCUGUGCUAGGGCCCUGGUUUGGGGAGGGAGGCUCAGCUGAGGACUGUGGCCCUCACACCUCCAGGGCACACAAGGAGAGGAGGCCCAGAGCAGCCUGGAGCACAGAGAUAAGCAGGAAUGAUGUGGAGGUCGCUUCCAGAGAGCCUAUGGAAGGCCUUGCUAGCACUCCAGCUGCAUGGGAGAGAGUGGCUAACAACUGUUCCCUGGUUGGGCCCUUGAUGGAUGCUGGCCAGGCCCUACUCUCAGCCCCCUUCAUCAUGUCAUCCCCCUUACAACAGGGCUACCCCCACGUACAGUGGGUAGGGAGGGGCCUGGAAAAAAAUAAAGGAUCUUGUCAGUCCAUAAGACA